AUGUUCAGUCAGUAUUGCAAGGAACCGUUCACGAUAGAACCAGUAGAAGUGUUUUACGAGGAGAGCGGUCGGAGAGAAGAGUACCCUGUACUUUCGUGCCGGGAAAUUAUGGUGCGUGUUUCUGAGAUUAACACAAAGAUAGGAUUCCAACUUGACGCUCAAACUAUGGCUGAUUUGCUUAUUAAAAUGUCACUCAAAGCAAAAGUUGUUUCCGAGAAUACCUUGAAGGUGACCAUUCCUCCCACGAGGCACGAUAUACUGCAUGAAUGCGAUGUUGCCGAGGACGUGGGUGUGGCGUAUGGCUUCAACAACUUAGUUUGCCGACUUCCUGAGGCCGAAGUGUUUCCGUUGAAUAAGUUAUCGGAUCUACUUCGGGGAGAGAUAGCAGCUGCCGGUUGGACGGAAGCUCUCAACUUUGCCUUAUGCUCAAGAGAAGAUAUUUCCACGCGUCUGAGGGACGACAAGGCACUUGAGAAUGCCGUACAUAUUUCGAAUCCGAAAACGCAGGAAUUCCAGGUUGCCCGAUCAUCACUGCUCCCUGGCCUGAUGAAGACGCUUUCAUCAAAUCGAGAUAUGCCACUACCUCUAAAACUAUUCGAGCUUCAAGACGUCAUAAUGAAGGAUCCAUCUUCUGACGUAGGAGCGCGGAAUGAACGCCGUUUAGGCGCCGUUUACUAUAACAAGACUGCUGGAUUCGAAAUUGUUCAUGGAUUUCUUGACCGAGUAAUGCGGUUGUUGGACGUGAACCCUUCCAAAGAAAAUGGGUACUACAUCAGAGCAAGCGAUAAUCCCACGUUCUUCCCUGGACGCUGCGCUUCCAUAAUUGGUCCAGGAAAUGUUACAUUAGGAGUUUUAGGUGUUUUGCAUCCAGAGGUAAUCACUGCCUUUGGUCUCACCCUGCCUACAUUCAAUGUUGUCCGAUUGCUUGCUUAUUAUUGCGAUCGCCUUCUGUACUGCACUGGCUGGAGAGGGUCUCACGUAUGUACUAGUCUACCGAUCGGAGCAGUACAAGCGAUUGAAAUCGAAAUGGAACGGAAAACCAAGCGAUUAGAAAAGAAAAAGCAGGAAGCUGGCGAGGUUGUGGAUAAAAACGCCAAAAAGCGUCUGGAACGAGAUGAGGAGAGAUUAAAGGCAACGAAUCGAGAUAUGUCUAUGUUUAAAAUGAAGUCAAUGUUUGCUAUUGGACUUGCAUUCACUGCCCUAUUGUCCACGUUCAAUUCUAUUUUCGACGGAAGGGUGGUUGCUCGUUUACCUUUUGUUCCGAUUGGAUUUCUUCAGGGAUUGUCACACAGAAAUCUUGUUGGAGAUGAUAUGCGUGAUUGCUCAUUUAUCUUUCUUUACAUUUUGUGUACAAUGACUAUCCGACAAAACCUGCAAAAAGCUCUUGGCUUUGCCCCAUCUCGUGCGAUGAACCGUCAGCAAGGUUCAGCAUGGGCACCAUCUCAACAGCAGCAGUUCAAC